AGUGCUUUCGUGGGAAAAAGGUCCAUGGGGAAUAUGACAUCAAAGUUGAACAGGCACAAUUUUCAGAGAUCAACUUGAUAGCCCAUGCUGAUGGCAGUUAUGCUAUAGACAUCCAAGCAUUCCGUAAUGGCACCAAAGUUGUCAGGUCAUUCAGACCUGAUUUUGUUCUUGUUCGACAACAUUCGUUCAGUAUGGCUGAGAACGAAGACUUCCGUAACUUAAUCAUUGGAAUGCAUUAUGCUGGUAUUCCCAGUGUCAACUCCCUAGAGUCAAUCUAUAAUUUUUGCGACAAACCUUGGGUGUUUGCCCAGCUGGUAUCCAUCUCCAAAACUCUGGGUGUGGAGAAGUUCCCUCUAAUUGAACAAACAUUCUACCCAAAUCACAAGGAAAUGUUAACACUGCCAAUGUUUCCAGUUGUCGUGAAGAUUGGACAUGCUCAUUCAGGCAUGGGAAAGGUUAAGGUAGACAACCACUACGAUUUUCAGGACAUAGCCAGUGUGGUAGCACUUACCCAAACCUACGCCACCACUGAACCCUUCAUAGACUCCAAAUACGACAUCAGGAUCCAAAAGAUAGGCACUAACUACAAAGCAUACAUAAGAAAAUAUGUGAAUGGUAAAUGUCUAUAUAAUAAUGAGGACUUGAUUUUAUACUGAUGGGAACUAUUUUUUCCACACAACAGGUACAAGCUCUGGGUUGACACCUGUUCUGAAAUGUUUGGGGGUUUGGAUAUCUGUGCUGUCAAAGCUGUACAUGGCAAGGAUGGAAAGGAUUAUAUUUUUGAGGUUAUGGACUGUGCAAUGCCUUUGAUUGGUGAACAUCAGGUUGAAGACAGGCAAUUUAUAACUGAUCUUGUUGUAAGCAAAAUGAACCAAAUGUUGUCCAAAACACCUAUACCAUCUCCUCAGAGACCAACUGCCACUCAACAGCCUCAGAGUGGAUCACUUAAGGAACCAGAGCCAAACAAAAUCCCACCUCAGCGACCACCACCUCAAGGGGGCCCAGUACAACCCCAAGGAACGCAAUCACAAAGCCAGGAGCCAUUGCAACCACAGCGCAUGUUCCCCCCGGGGCAGUCAGCAAAGCCCUCAACUUCCCAGCCACAGCGUCCACCUGGCCCUACAACUCAACAACCACAUGCCCAGGGUCAAGGUAUUUCCAGCGCCGGGUUAUCAAUGGAAGUGGAGCCAGAGCCACAACCUGCUCCACAGCAGAAACCUCAGUCUCAUCCACAGCUUAACAAAUCACAGUCUUUGACAAAUGCCUUCAGUUUCACAGAAUCAUCCUUCUUUCGAUCAUCCGUGAACGAGGAUGAAGCAAAAGCUGAAACCAUCCGAAACUUGAGGAAGUCCUUUGCUAGCCUUUUUUCUGAUUAGCCAUUUGAAGAUCAGUUUCAUGCAGUUGCAUAUGGCAUAUAGACUAGAACCUACAGUGAAUAUUAUUUAGUAUUUAUAUCCCCGUGACCCAUCCUCCAUUACUGUUCCAAGCAAUAUGUUAAUCUUUAAAAAGGUCUAUGAGGAGAUACAAUUCAGGUACACUGUAUAAAAUCUAUAUAAUAUGAGAGGAAAAGCUAUAUUAGUAGUAGUACAAAAUGCUUAAUUUUAUGGUCUUUGUCACUUGUAACAUUGUGGCCUUACUAUGACUGCACUAUAUCAUCCUAUUGGAUACUCCUUUGUGGAAUUGUUGUAAUAAAGCAUUGUGUUAUGGGUUUCCCCUUGUUUUACCCAUCUCCAGUGCUUUGCAAUGCAUGUUUAUGUUAUGAGUGAAUGUUUUGUACUGCAAGGAUAUAGUCUUAACCUGACUUGUUCUUGCCUCAGAUUGUUAUGAGGCAAAUCAUAUUCAUGUUUCCUGUUGUCAAGCCACUUUACUGUUGUGAGAAAUUAAAGCAGUUUUUUUCCUCCUUUGACAACCUUUCCAUCAACCAACUAUAGAGUUCUGAUGUAUUUGCUGAGAGUUAUCACUAGGCUAAAACAGUGAUGUCAUGAAUAGAGUAUGUGUAUGUACUAUUGUAUCCUCAUAGGUCUAUUGAACAUUUAUUUCCUAUUGUUAAUUUAAUAGUGAUC